AUGAUUGUAGGGGGAGAAUCUGGAAAGGUUGACCCCAAAGUGAAACUGGGAGUGCUGGGACAGGUCUGCUUUGGAAACCACCCCUGCUAUGCUCUAGAACUCAUUGGAGUGGAGCUCACUGGAGUGCAGUGCUGGGAAACUGUGGAUGAAGGGCUGGACUUUUGUGGCCAGGCCACCUCAACAACACUAGGGGCUCUGUCUGUUCUGGGCCGUGAUGGGGAGCAAGGGAAGGGGCUGAAUCUCCUUUAAGUGCCACCUGAGUGACUAUUUCUGUCCCCAGAGAGGAAGAGGUUCUACCAGAACGUGAGCAUCUCGCAAGGAGAAGGAGGCUUUGAAAUAAACCUGGACCACCGAAAGCUGAAAACGCCCCAGGCCAAGCUCUUCACUGUCCCCAGCGAGGCCUUGGCCAUUGCAGUGGCAACAGAGUGGGAUUCCCAGAAAGACACCAUCAAGUUCUACACAAUGCACCUGACCACUCUGUGCAACACGGCGCUGGACAAUCCCACGCAGCGAAACAAAACGCAGCUGAUCCGAGCGGCUGUGAAGUUCCUGGAGACAGACACUCUCUGCUAUCGUGUGGAGGAGCCUCCAGCCUUGGCAGAGCUGCAAAAGAAUGAAUGGGAUCCAGUGGUUGACUGGGCUGAGAAAAGGUACAAUGUGACAAUUGGCUCCUCGACCAGCAUCCUGGGGCCCAACAUCCCAGCCAGCACCAAGGAGACCUUCAUCAGCCAUCUGGCAUCCUACAACAUGUGGGCCCUGCAAGGUAUAGAAUUUGUAAUCACCCAGCUGAAAUCGCUGAUCCUGUCCAUGGGCCUGAUUGACAGGCACAUUACAGUAGAGAAAGCUGUGCUUCUGUCUCGCCUGGAGGAAGAAUACCAGAUUCGGCGCUGGGGCAAGGUGGAGUGGGCCCACGACUACGACCUGUGCGAGCUCCGUGCCCGCACGGCAGCUGGGACUCUCUUUGUUCACCUCUGUUCAGAGAGCUCGACUGUAAAACACAAGCUGUUGCAGGACUGAGGCAGCUGGGCUGGGCACAGGGGAAAAUUCCCACCUGGGAAUUGCUGGCCUGACCCAGUGGAUGGUAGGCCAGCACUCCUGCCAUCCUGUUUUCCCUGGGAUCAGCCUCACAUGCUAUGAUUUUGUGGGCAAUUCCUCACUCGGCCUGCCUGCUGCAGUGCAGUGCCAGCAGUUUGAGCCCACAAGGAGGAAAGGUCAAGGUGAGCUUCCCCAGGGCAGCAGUUCCAUCCAUUCCUGGCGUCUGUAACUCAUCUGAGGAGCUCCUGUGGAAGAAACAGCUUCCUGGGCAGGGCACGGCACAGACAUACCCAGCAUAUGCCACAUGUCUUCAUAGCUGCCAGCUCCUGACACACACUUGUUAUGGAAAUCUGAAAACAGACUCCACUGCAUCUGUUGUUCAUCCCUCGGCGUGCCUGCCUGUAACACCAGGGUCUCUGUGUUCCAUUAAAGGCUCGCCCCUGCGAGGUACCAAAA